AAAGGCAAAUUCGAAGUAUGAGAUCUAAGAGUCGUGGCGACUGGUUCAUCAAAAACUCAAUUUUGAGGCCGAAUUCCACUGUGACGCAGUUGAAAUUGGCUUCUCUCCGUGGCCCGCCCCUUUCUCGCUUCCGUCCUGACGCAAGUGCGUGGCUGCCCCGCCGCACUGCGGGCUUGUCCUUGGCUCUGCCCUAGGCAGUUUCGGAGAGCGUGCGCAGUCGCUUUCCCGGCCGCGCCGGUGCGAGCCUACGUGAAGAUGGCGGCGUCCGUGUUGAGUACGCUGCUGAGGCGCCUUCCCAGUCUUCCCUCCUUCAGGGGUGCCUACGGAGUUCAGGUUCCCCUCCUAACUUAUUGCACUGAAGCCCCCCUUGAGGAGGAUUCUUCAUCCCCAGUGCUCAUUUCCCCUUAUGAGAAUGAACCCUGGAAAUAUCUGGACUCAGAAGAAUACCAGACCCGCUAUGGUUCUCGCCCCGUCUGGGCUGACUACCGUCGGAACCACAAAGGUGGAAUACCGCCACAGCAGACUCGAAAGAUGUGUAUUCGUAAAAAUAAAGUUGCUGGGAAUCCCUGCCCUAUCUGCCGGGAUCACAAGCUGCACGUCGACUUUAGGAACGUGAAGCUCUUGGAACAGUUUGUCUGCGCCCACACGGGUAUCAUCUUUCACGCUCCAUACACAGGAGUCUGUAUGAAGCAGCACAAGAAGUUGACCCAGGCCAUCCAGAAAGCCAGGGAUCACGGUCUCCUUAGUUACCACAUUCCCCAGGUUGAACCUCGGGACCUUGACUUCAGUAACUCUCAUGGAGCUGUGAGUGCUACUCCACCAGCUCCCACUCUGGUUUCAGGUGACCCCUGGUACCCAUGGUACAGCUGGAAACCGCCACCAGAGAGAGAGCUCUCCCGCCUUCGGAGGCUGUACCAAGGCCAUCUCCGAGAAGAGAGUGGGCCCCCGCCUGAGUCAGUGCGGGAGGCGCCGCUCACAGCCGGAGCCUCCAUAGAGCAGGCAGGCUCCCAGAGCCCUCUGUAGAAGCUGGAGACUGGGAAGGGUGCCGAGGAACUGGAGGAUAAUACCUAUGAAUUACAUAGUGGGAUUCACCCUGAAGAGUGUGUGUUAUGUGGCCAAUGGCAGGGCCAGUGUCAGUGAAAGGACAUGACUUGUUGAAAGGGAUAAACAUCUGAGUCUGAGGGAGGGCAGGACAGAUGAUUGUGGGAAAUCCUACCCCGUGCGUGUAAGUGGAUGUACUCGAUCUUGUGUAGCCGUUGCAGACCUCUGCCAGCUCAGCAUUUCCGCAAUAAAGCUGUGU